AUCCUACCAUCUCAUAUACCUCCUGGUUGUCGUUGCUCAUACCAGCAAGACCAAGCAUCAUGAUUUCGGCUCUGUUUCUCCUGGUCGUGACUAUCUCCACCAUUGAUGGAAUGCCGUAUUCUUUGGAUGAGGAAGCCACAAGGCUGCUAGAAAGAAGAGGAAAACCUGUCGUUUGUGAUGCCGGUAAACCGGGUUCAAUCGCAUUUGUAUUCGACACCGCCGAUGGUACAAACGACUUCGACGAUCAGAAAGAUUACGCCGCAAAAAUUGCCAAAUUCUUGCCUGAGAAUGGAAAGGUCUCGGUCGCAGGCCUCGUCUACGGGGGCUCUACCGCAACCACCAUCCCCCUAGGAAGUGAGACAACCUAUGACAGGCUCGUGUCAGCCAUUAACGGUAUCUCUGAAGAGGAACACGGACCGCGUAAUGAGGCCGCUGCUCUGACUGCCGCUGCUGGUCUCUUAAAAGAUUCCUCAGGAGAAAAGGCUAUCGUUCUGUUCGUCGACGGUUCUGCAGCUGACGCAGCGGCUGCCAAAGCUGAAGUUGAAAAGCUUGAAGGAAACGAGAUCACUGUCUUUUUCGCCUUCCCCAAGAGUCUGUACAGCUCACUGGAAACUGAGCUGAAGGAGAUCGCCACCGAGCCAUACAGCCUGUCAUUGAACGCCAUGAACAGCUUGUCUUUAGCAGAAUCAAUCGGAAUCGAAUUCGACAUAAAGUACAGCUGUUAGACCGACUCCUCAUCCUGAUGUCAUUUUUCGCGAAACCUAUAAAAGUUUAUUUCGUUAGCUUUAUGUGCUUAAAAGUUAAUGUGCACACAGACACAGACCAUGCAGACUCUUGAAGGUUACUGUGGACGAUUGAUGUGCUGGUAUCAGUAGACCUUGGUUACGAGACUUGUACUAAAAACAAUGCAUAACCGUAGAACGGUUGAAGUGAGCGGUAGAGUGAGUUGGUACUCUAAUAAUGACGUCACUGUAUCUGAUAUGCAACUUUCUACGAACAAACAGUGUUACUUAACUGAUUGAAACUGUAUGUGUAUGUAUAGUAUGACGACACAUAAGAACUCUAUACUGUGUAUGUGUAUAAAAGCUACACAUUAAAAUAUUACUAUCAACCAAUGCAUUAGCCUCGGUGUUGCGGAUUAUUUGUGUUUGUCGUCGAUGGCAUCAGCGCUUCUUCUGCUAAUUUCUGUGUUCAAUACUCAGCAUGUGAAUAAUACAAAGUGCAUUUAAAAAUAAAAAUAUAUCACAUUGCA